AUGACGUUCCCCGACGAGUGGGGCGCCGGCGGCGGGGACGGCGGCCCGACCGAGUCGAAGCUCGUCCCGCUCUCGAUGCAGAGCAACGAGGCGCUCCUCAUCAAGACGCUGCUGGCGCGGAGCUGCCCGAGCGCAAGGCUGAGCCGCGUGCAGCGCGUGCAGAACAAGAAGUUGUGGCGCGAGUACGCUGACUAUCGCGACAAAUCACUCGUCCACAUCUGCGCUGGCGGCGACGUCAACGAGAUGCUCCUCUUCCACGGCACGGCGGAGCGGGCGGCGGAGGAUGUGCUCGCGCAUCAGAACGGGCUCGACCCGCGCUUCUCGAACGGCGGCUUUUACGGCCAGGGCAUCUACCUGGCGGAGGACCCGUCGUACCCGAUCGGCGGCCGGUACGCGCACCGCAUCUCCGGCUCGGGCGGGAGCCGCGUGCAGCUGCUCAUCGUGAAGGCUGCCCUCGGCUCACAGCAGGAGAUGGGGCAGCGCAUCAGCGCGGAGACGAGGGCGAUGCGCAUGCCGGACGUGCGCGUCGAGGGCCCUCCCCGACUCCUCUACGACAGCGUGCGCGGCGGGCCGCACCGCCCCUUCGUCUCCGGCGGAGGUGAGAACGGGUGCGACGCCUCCUUCAUACACGUGGUGUACGAGUCGCGCCAGAUGUACCCGGCGUACGUGAUCGAGGUCGAGAUGGAGAUGGGGGCCGAGGUGGUGACGUCCGUGCGCAAGAACUCGACCGAGGGGAGUGCGAGCGCUGGCCCGGCACCCAAGCGGCAGCGCCACGCUGCGCCGAGCGGCGGCGGCGGUGGCGGCGGCGGCAGUGGCAGCGGCUCUGCUGCUCAUGUCCCCGCCGCUGCGCCACCGAGCGACGCGGAGGUGCUGGCGAUGGACGUGGCGGCAGCGGUGGCGGCGCUGCGGGCGCACGGGUCGGUCAGUCGCGUCGCGCUUGCGGCUUGCAGGCGGUUGGUCAAUCUGUGCCAAGAGGCGCAGAACAAGCAACCCGCGGCGGAGGCAGGCGCGCUCGAGGCGAUCGUGGCGGCGCUGCAGGCGCACCCGCAGGUGGCGGGCGUGCAGCUGGGUGGCUGCAUGGCGAUGGGCAGCGUGUGCUUCGGCAGCGACGCCGCAGGGCUCGCACGCAAGCAGCGCGCAACAGACGCGGGCGGCAUCGAGGUGGCUGUGGCGGCGCUGCAGGCGCACCCGCAGGUGGCGGUUGUGCAGCUGAAUGGCUGCUGCGCACUGGGCAACGUGUGUCUCGGCACCGACGCCGCAGCGCCUGCACGCAAGCAGCGCGCAGCAAACGUGGGCGGCAUUGAGGCGAUCGUGGCGGCGCUACAGGCGCACCCGCUAGUGGCGGGCGUGCAGCAGUUUGGCUGCUCGGCGAUGGUCAACGUGUGUGUCGGCACCGACGCCGCAGGGCUCGCACGCAAGCAGCGCGCUGCAGACGCGGGCGCGAUCGAGGCGAUCGUGGCGGCGCUGCAGGCGCACCCGCAGAUGGCGGGUGUGCAGGAUUAUGGCUGCCGGGCGCUGGGCAACGUGUGCUCUGGCACCGACGCCGCAGCGCGGGCGCGGAGGCAGCGAGCUGUGACUGUGGGCGCGAUCGAGGCGGCGGUAGGGGCUAUGCAGGCGCACCCGGGCGACGCAGCUGUUCAGAGGCAAGGACAGCGUUUGCGUGAUCUUCUUGCCUGA